ACGUACAACCAGAAACAAACUUCAUCCAUUACUAUUCUUUGCCUUUUUCAUAGUCCAAUCAGCGCGCAAUGGCUCACCGGAUUGCUUUCCUAGGCUUCGUAGCUCUUGCUGUUUGCGCAAGUCUAUCAUCGGCUGCCGAUCCCGCCAACCUUCAGGAUUUCUGUGUGGCAGAUGCUAGCGGCAACACCCGAAUGAAUGGCAUGGCUUGUAAGAAUCCUGCCAUGGUUCAAGCAAGUGAUUUUGCAUUUAGUGGGCUUCACAUUCCUGGCAACACCUCGAAUGCAGUGGGCUCUAGGGUCACUCCGGUUGCGGUAACCCAGAUUCCUGGACUUAACACCCUUGGAAUCUCAAUGGUUCGAAUUGACUAUGCUCCCUGGGGUAUCAACUCGCUCCAUACUCACCCUCGUGCUACCGAGAUCCUCACCGUGAUCGAAGGCUCUCUCGAAGUUGGAUUCGUGACAUCCAAUCCUGAGAAUCGCCACAUUACCAAGAUUCUUAAGAAGGGAGACGUGUUCGUCUUUCCGGUUGGGUUGAUCCACUACCAACGCAAUAUUGGGUACGGAAAUGCUGUUGCUAUAGCUGCAUUAAGCAGCCAGAACCCUGGAGUCAUCACCAUCGCCAAUACUGUUUUUGGAUCACAACCCGACAUAUCUACUGACCUCCUCGCCAAGGCAUUCCAAGUUGACAAGGGUGUUGUAUGGCAACUCCAAGCUAAGUUCUAGGACCUCGAAGGACUACUAAAAACGAGGGAUGAUACAAGGGAUACUCCUACAAUAUUAAAAUUCUUUUCAAUUUAUUUUUGAUAUGUUGAAUUAAACGCCAUCACCGUUCGGUAUUUGUUUUUUUUUUUUUCUGGAUCCAAGACUUUCAUUGUAGUUUUCUAUAUUUCUAUUUAAUCGAUUUAUGUAUGUGUCCUACUCAAUAUUAUUCAAAGUAAAAUUCCUUAUGAUAUUUUUUGAUGUUUCUAUUGUAAUAUUUUUUUUAAGCACACAACUUUGUUCUCUUAUCUCUUAUGGAGGUUGUUUAUCUCGGAGGUGAUACAUAAUCAUGAAAUUCUCUUAUCCAUAGACCAAUAUUCAUUCUUCUCUUUCAUUUUGACCUGGUCUAUAAAUUCUCCACUAGUGGGUAGGAAUAGUAGGCCAAAAUCCACGAGUAAGCAUCGUUAUCAUUCAUUUUAAUCACUAGGGAUAAACAAAAUAAACAAAAAAUUGACCCAUCCGUUCAACCCGACUCACCUGUAAUAUCCAACAAAAUCGUAUUUUAUGGGUUGGUGUAGUUUUGAAAGUUUGAAACCAAAGCCCUAUGAUUGUGUCUGUGUUUGGAUGAUUACAACUCAAGAUUAUCCAAACUCACCCGUUAUAGUAUAUUAUGCAUCAAGUCUUAUAUAAUUAAUACUAGCAUAAACCCGCUCGCUGUCGCUUCGCGUAUGAGCGAGAACAUGAUAUUUUAAAGAUUAAUAGUUUGAAUUUCGAUCCAAAAGUAAAGAGCUUGUCAUCUACAAUUUCAUGUACUCGACGCAGCGAUAAACUUUAAAAGGCGAGAAGGGUCGUCGAGCAAAUGAUUUCUAUGUUAAAUCUUCUCUCGUAACACUAUUGAUUAGUUUGUAUUCUUUUAGCUUUGUUUUUUUUUUCAAGUUCAUUCUCAACCAAAAAGAAAAAGAGACAUUAAAGCAAAUAAAACUAGCUCAAGACCCAAAAUUCGGCAACAUCAUGUUCAACUCUCUUUGAUCGGGUUGAACCGAGUUUGUAACAAAUUCACAACCGACCCGACCAGAGUAUUAAAAAGCGUAUAAAACUCACACCCGCCCGAGAAAUUAACAAAGACUAAAGUGGAUAAAACUCCCUCAUGAUCCAAAACUCGGCAACAUCAUGUUCAAUUCUCUAUGAUCUGGUUGAACUGAGUAUGUAACAAAUUCACAACUAACUUGACCCGCCAAUUACAAAAGCGAAUAAAACUCACUCCUACAUGAAAGCUUGUAAACAUCGGGUUCAAGUCAUUUUUAUCAAGUUAAAUUAGGUUGGAUACCAAUAGUGUUUUAUCUCGAUACAAAACUCGUCAGCAACAAGUCUUGCUUCAAUUGUCAUUCUCAACAUGCGUAGGGUAAGUCAGCUCGCAUUGGGUUUAUGGAUAAUCAGGCUCAAACUGAUCGCUUCCACCACGUAACAUUCUACAUAUGAGUUAUAUCAUUUCUCAUGCUCCUAUUGUGAAAUCGAGAAAUAGAAAGUCGUUUCUUUAUUGAAGUGUUCACUUCAGUGAAAUAAUUUUUUUUAAUUAUAGUGUUUGUUUAGAAUGAAUACGCAUUUUCAUAUAAUGUCUUGAUUUUUUGUUUCAUAUAAUAUCAUAUGCAUUAUUCUUUCAUAUUAAAUUAUUGAAAUACAAAUUUAGUUAUUGUAUAAUGGAUGGAAUUUCAUCCAACCCGAUCCAAAUCAUGACUCAAAAAUUGAAAGUGAGUUUGGAUAUACCAUAACUCAAUCUGUGUGUAAGUGGAUGGGUGUUAAUAAAAUGCUAAAAAACAACCCAAACGAACCAUGUAUACCUCCUAUAUGUCACAGCCACCAUAAAGUAGGGGUGAAAUGAAGAUUGUCGACCCGUGGGUUGACUCGGAUCCGGUCGAGUUAGUGAAUUAAGGGUUAAUGGGUCACCCGUUUUAGCCCGGAAAUAUGAAAAGAGUCAUUAUAUGUACUUAUCCUGAUAAAUUAUACCAAAUUUC